AGGAAUACACAGUCCAACAAAAAGAAAAAAUUUAGGCAAAAAUACACGCACACCUAACUAACAAGAAAAUGGUUACCUUAAAACUUUUAAGCUUAAACCAGAAUUAGCCUUUUCUUGAUUUUUUUUUUUUCCUUGAUUCUCAUAAAACUUCAAAAAAGCUGGAGUUCAGAAGAGAAACCGAGAGGACCUCAUAACAACCAUGAAUGAUCGACUUCGAUCAAUGGACUUGUUCCUUUCGGUUCUUCUCUGUAUCUUCUUCUUCUUCGUCAUUACAACAACAUCAGCUCAACCUGUUUCUGGUCCACCUCCACAAACAUUUACCCCAGUUGAUAAUUUCUUGAUUGAUUGUGGAGCAACAAAUGUACACACGUCACCUGAUGGAAGAAUUUUCAAGUCAGAUGCGCAGUCUUCGAGUUACGUUUCUGCGAAAGAUGUUAAACAAAUUUCAACACCUUCAAAUGACAAUGUACCAUCACCAAUAUAUUUAACAGCUAGAAUAUUUACAGAAGAAACAACAUAUAGUUUUACAAUGUCAAGACCUGGUUGGCAUUGGAUUCGUUUACAUUUCUUUCCCAUGAACAAUUCGGAAUUCGACUUGACAAAAUCUUCAUUUUCUGUUGCCACUGAUGAAUUAGUUCUUCUGCAUAGUUUCUGUAUUGACAAUUCUACACAAUGGGCAAUGAAGGAGUACAUUGUUAACGUUACUAAGGAACAAUUGAAUAUAAAUUUUUCACCAAUGAAGAAUUCUUUUGCAUACAUUAACGCCAUUGAAGUUGUUUCUGCACCUGACAUUCUCAUUUCUGAUCUGGGUUCUACUAUAAUUCCUGUUGGAGAUUAUUCAGGUCUUUCGACGAAGUCAUAUCAAACCGUUUAUCGUCUUAACAUGGGUGGUCCUAGAAUUACACCGUCGAAUGAUACAUUAGGCCGUUUCUGGGAUCCUGAUACACCAUAUUUGAAAGCUAGAGCAUUGGCUAAACAUGUUUCUGUAUCUCCUGGUAUCAUUAAGUACCCAGCAGAUGUUUCUCCAUUGAUUGCGCCGAAUUGGAUUUAUUCUACGGCCGUAGAGAUGGCCGAUUCCCGUCUGUCUCAUCCUAAUUUCAACGUUACUUGGGGUUUUGAGAUUGAUCCAGCAUUUGGGUAUAUGAUAAGGUUGCAUUUUUGUGACAUAGUUAGUAAAUCACUAAAUGAUCUUUAUUUCAAUGUUUAUAUUAACGGGUACAUGGCGAUUUCCGGAUUGGAUUUAUCCAGCUUGGUGGAAGAUUUAGCCACUCCUUAUUUCAGAGAUUUCGUCGCAAAUGCAUCCGAUUUAUCUGACAUGCUUCGGAUUGAAAUUGGUCCGUUUAAACAAAGCACAGGCGCUGUCAAUGCGAUUAUUAACGGUGUGGAAGUUUUUAAAUUGAGCAAUUCAGUGGGAAGUUUUGAUGGUGAAUUUGGUGUUCAUGGUGCCAAAAAUGAUUCUGCGCGGAAGACGGUUGCAGCAGUUGGAUUUGGAUUGAUGUUCGGCGCAUUUGUUGGCCUUGGUGCAAUGGUUCUCAAGUGGUACAAGAGACCUCAUGACUGGGAGAGAAGCAAAAGUUUCUCUUCAUGGUUGCUUCCUCUUCAUGCAGGAAACUCAACCUUCAUGACCAGCAAACACUCCAUUGGAUCCAAUACUAAGAGCGGCUACAAUUUUUACUCCUCCACCAUGGGUUUGGGCAGAUAUUUUUCAUUCGCCGAGUUACAGGAAGCAACUAAGAACUUCGAUCAAAACGCGGUUAUUGGUGUUGGUGGAUUCGGAAAUGUCUAUAUUGGUGAUCUUGAUGACGGUACCAAAGUCGCCGUUAAACGUGGGAACCCACAAUCCGAACAGGGUAUUACGGAGUUCCAGACAGAGAUUCAAAUGUUAUCGAAACUCCGUCACCGUCAUUUGGUGUCUUUAAUUGGCUACUGUGACGAGAAUGAAGAGAUGAUACUAGUUUACGAGUACAUGUCUAACGGUCCGUUGAGAGAUCAUUUGUAUGGAAAAGACAUGACGCCACUUUCAUGGAAACAAAGACUAGAAAUAUGCAUUGGAUCAGCUCGUGGAUUACAUUAUCUUCAUACAGGUGCAGCUCAAGGAAUCAUUCAUCGUGACGUAAAAACAACUAACAUUUUACUAGACGAGAAUUUCGUCGCUAAGAUGUCUGACUUUGGUUUAUCGAAGAAUGCACCAACAAUGGAGCAAGGGCAUGUAAGUACAGCAGUUAAAGGAAGUUUCGGGUACUUGGAUCCAGAAUACUUCAGAAGACAACAACUUACGGAUAAAUCCGACGUUUAUUCGUUUGGUGUUGUAUUAUUCGAAGUCUUAUGUGCAAGGCCGGCCAUUAAUCCCCAGCUUCCAAGGGAACAAGUUAACUUAGCUGAAUGGGCCAUGCAAUGGAAAAGAAAAGGUUUGCUUGACAAGAUUGUUGAUCCUGUUAUAGCAAAUACGAUUAGUCCUGAUUCCAUGAAAAAGUUUGCUGAAGCAGCUGAGAAAUGUUUAGCUGAAUAUGGAGUUGACAGGCCUUCUAUGGGAGACGUUCUAUGGAAUUUGGAGUACGCGUUACAAUUGCAGGAAUCAUUUUUACAACAAAAUGCUGAAGAAGAAAACAAAGCUGCUGUUGCACCAAGUGGUGGAUCAUCUUUGAUUGAUGAUCCACCUCAUCCGUUAGCUACAGAAGAAGAAAUGAGAAGAGAAAAUCCCCCACAAGUUAAUGCAGCAGUUGCUGAACAUUCUGGAACGGCUAUGUUCUCGCAAAUAUCUGAAAUUAGUGGUCGAUGAUAAUUCAAUUGAAAAUGCGAAAAAUUCCAACCAUAUACACAAACUUCCUGUCCACGGUUGUAGGUACAUGAGUUUUGUUGUGACAUAUGUACUGUGUUGUUGUUUUCAUACAUAUAGGACAAUAGCGUUACGUGAAAAGUUUUCAACCAAUUUUUUCUUCUGAAUAUUUACCAUAGGUUCAUGCGACUCUCUCUUUCAGUGUUUGUUUCGAUCUCGUUCUCACUCUAAACUAAAUAUAAAUAUGCAUAUUAUUCUAUAGUAUAUAGACUCUA